CGGCGAGCGACUAAAUGAUGACGGACAGACGCAGCUUGAGGAGAGCAUGGACAAAGAGAAUGAUGUUAAAAGUGAAGAUCUUGCGUGCCACGAUGACGGUGACGUCCCCACGAGUGAGCAAGGAAGCAAAUCGCGAACGGAUCUGGACAUGAUUGAGAGAGAGGGCUGGCCAUGCUGUGGCCUCUAGUAAAGGAUUGUUCACGAGGCUGCGGCAAAGACAGGGUCAUCGGUUUACGCACAGCACUGGUACUACUUCUCAGAGUACUCUAAUUGGUUCGGUCCAGCUUAGUAUUCUUAUCUCUACUGGAGAAAGAGCGAUUCUAACACUGAAUGAAGUAGCACAUGACAACCAA